GUAUAUAGGCUGAGACGCUCUGUCCAGCCUCCUCCAACCGUCUCUAACCCCUCCCACUAACACAUCCAACACAAUCACCAUGCAGAUCUUCGUUAAGACUCUCACUGGCAAGACCAUCACCCUCGAGGUCGAAUCCUCAGACACCAUUGACAAUGUCAAGGCUAAGAUUCAAGACAAGGAGGGUAUUCCCCCCGACCAACAGCGCUUGAUCUUCGCUGGCAAACAACUCGAAGAUGGCCGUACCCUGUCCGAUUACAACAUUCAGAAGGAAUCUACCCUUCACCUUGUCCUCCGUCUCCGUGGAGGCAUGCAGAUCUUUGUCAAGACUUUGACAGGAAAGACGAUCACCCUCGAAGUUGAGUCUUCCGACACCAUCGAUAACGUCAAGGCCAAGAUCCAGGACAAGGAAGGUAUUCCCCCCGACCAGCAGCGUCUGAUCUUUGCUGGAAAGCAACUUGAGGAUGGUCGUACUCUUUCCGACUACAAUAUCCAGAAGGAAUCGACUCUCCAUCUUGUAUUGCGUCUCCGUGGAGGCAUGCAGAUUUUUGUCAAGACGUUGACUGGAAAGACCAUCACACUCGAGGUUGAGUCCUCUGACACCAUCGACAACGUCAAGGCAAAGAUUCAGGAUAAGGAGGGUAUUCCUCCCGAUCAGCAGCGUCUGAUCUUCGCCGGAAAGCAGUUGGAGGAUGGACGUACAUUGUCGGACUACAACAUCCAGAAGGAGUCGACUCUUCACCUUGUCCUUCGUCUCCGUGGAGGAAUGCAGAUUUUCGUUAAGACGUUGACCGGCAAGACCAUCACUCUUGAGGUCGAGUCGUCAGAUACUAUCGAUAACGUGAAGGCGAAGAUUCAAGAUAAGGAGGGUAUUCCUCCAGACCAACAACGUCUCAUCUUUGCCGGCAAGCAGCUCGAAGACGGACGAACCCUGUCUGAUUACAACAUUCAGAAAGAGUCCACUCUCCACCUCGUGCUGCGUCUCCGUGGAGGUAUGCAGAUAUUCGUGAAGACCCUUACUGGCAAGACUAUCACCUUGGAGGUCGAGUCGUCGGAUACGAUUGAUAACGUGAAGGCGAAGAUCCAGGACAAGGAGGGCAUUCCUCCAGAUCAACAACGUCUUAUCUUCGCGGGUAAGCAGUUGGAGGAUGGCCGUACGCUUUCGGAUUAUAACAUCCAGAAGGAGAGCACCCUUCACCUUGUCCUGCGUCUGCGUGGUGGGAAUUGAGCUUUGACUGUCAUUGCUGUAUCAUCCAAUCGUUGAUUUGUAGUGUACAUUACAUACAUGGAAUAUCUAUCGUGAUUUUGCACUCGCAAGUAACCUCUGCAACCUUGGUGAACAUAUGU